UCCGUCACGAGGUGUUUGGGUGUUGUAGCGGAAAGAUGGCAGCUGACACAGGCAGAUACAGGAGCGCUGUCUCCAAAAGCAAAGACCCCUCCGGUUUACUUAUAUCUGUAAUAAGGACAUUGUCCAGCAGCGCGGAUGUGCAGGACCGAGAGACGGAGAAGGGACGUCUGGAGGAGGCCUAUGAGAAGUGUGACCGUGAUUUGGAUGAGUUGAUCGUUCAGCACUACACAGAGCUCACCACAGCCAUCCGAACCUACCAGAGCAUCACUGAGAGAAUCACCAGCUCUCGCAAUAAGAUCAAACAGGUCAAGGAGAACCUGUUGUCCUGUAAGAUGCUCCUCCACUGUAAGCGAGAUGAACUGAGGAAGCUGUGGAUCGAAGGUGUCGAGCACAAGCAUGUCCUGAGCUUGCUGGACGAGAUCGAGAACAUCAAACAGGUCCCUCAGAAGUUGGAGGCAUCCAUGGCCAGCAAGCACUACCUGCACGCCACAGAUAUGCUGGUCUCAGCGGUUGAUUCUCUUGAAGGACCCCUGCUACAGGUGGAGGGUCUAGGCGACUUGCGUCUGGAGCUCCACAGCAAGAAGCUCAACAUCCACCUGGUGCUAAUCGAUGAGCUCCAUCGACACCUUUACAUCAAGUCUACAAGCCGUGUUGGUCACCGAGGAAAAGACAAGGACAAGGGCCGGUCUGCCUCAAAGGAUACAUCUGUUUUGGAUGUCGGUUUGUCUACUCCACGCAAGCUCACAGAAACCUCACAGUUCAGCACCCCUGGAACAACCAGCAUGCGUGAGCUGCAGGAAAUGAGAGAGGACUUGGAUGUGGACCCCGAGGAGAACAGUGCAGAGUUCAUGGGGAUCCUGAUCAAAGCUCUGGCCAAACUCAAGAAGAUCCCAGAAACCAUUAAAGCCAUCAUGGAGCGUCUGGAGCCUGAGCUCAAGCAGAUCCUCAAGAGAUCCACCACUCAGAUUGCAGACCAUGCCUACCAGAGAGGAGAGAACCUGGCACAAGACAACCAGCCCAGGUUGUUGCUGGAACUGCUCGAGCUGUUGUUUGAUAAGUUGAAUGCUGUGGCCCAGGCUCACAGAGUGGUUCUCACUCACCUACAGCGAAUUGUCAUCUCUCCCAAUGGAGUGCAGGAAGGGAUCAAACUCUAUGAGCAGGCUGAUGUCUAUGCCAAGAUCCAGACCGUCCUACAGGUUUUGCUAAUGGACUACCUGGAUGUCAAAAACACCCGAAGCGCUGCAGAGCCUUCCGCCCAGCUGUCCUACGCCAGCACCGGUGGAGACUUCGGAGCAUUUUUCGCCAAGAAGAAACCUUUGCGACCCAAGCAGUCUUUAUUCAAGUUUGAGUCUUCUUCCCAUGCUAUUAGCAUGAGCGCAUACCUGCGGGAGCAACGGCGGGAACUCUACAGCAAAAGCGGGGAGCUGCAAGGUGGAGCUGAUGAUAACCUGAUCGAAGGGGGAGAGACUAAGUUCCUGUGUAAACCAGGAGCUAGAAACAUUACGGUCAUCUUUCAGCCAUUGCUUAGGUUUAUUCAGGAGAUCGAGUCCCGUAUGGGCCCAGCUCAGGCCAAGCAGUGUCAGCUACGCACCUUCCUCACCUACUACAUCAACGACCUGUUCCUCAGCCAGGUCCGCACUGAGACCAAUAAGGACAUAGAGGCUGUGACCAAAGUUUCGGACCCGCUCAAGAUCCUGGCCAGCGCUGACACCAUGAAAAACCUGGGCGUUCAAAGACCUCUUCUACAGAGCACUGUGGUUGUGGAGAAGUCCAUUCAGGAUCUAAUGAGUCUGAUGCAGGACCUCAGUGCAUACUCCAACCAGUUCCUGGAGAUGGUCUGUGACAAGCUCAAGGAGUACAAAGAGAUCUGCAAUUCUGCAUACAGGGGUAUCGUACAGUGCGAGGAGAAGCUGACCAUCAGUGCGUCCUGGGCUAAAGAUGAAGACAUCAGCCGCCUGCUGCAGUCUCUGCCCAACUGGGCCAGCAUGACCCAACCCAGACAGCUCCGACAGAAGAGAGAAGAGGAAGAGGACUUCACACGGGCCGCAUUUGCCAAGGAGUCUGAGGUGUUGACGGGGAAUCUGGGUGAUAAACUGAUUCCUCAGAAUGAGAUUCUGAGGGAUGUCAGUGAUCUGAAGGCUCUCGCUAACCUGCAGGAGAGCAUGGAGUGGCUCGCCACCCGCCUCAGGGGCUUCUUCAGCAGCCUGCCCCAGAGCUCCAGUGUAUCCCCAGGCUCAGAUGCUCAGGUGAACAUCGAGAACAUCCGCAGUCGAGAGCAGAUCCUCCAGACGUUGACUGACCUCUCCAGAUCCUUCCAGGACAUCGCUGACCGCUGCCUUCUGGUGUUGCACCUUGAGGUCAGGGUCCACUGUUUCCAUUAUCUGAUCCCUCUGGCAAAACAAGGCAACUACGCCAUCGUGGCUAACGCAGCCAGCAUGGACUACGACCCCCUGGUGGUGAAGCUGAAUAAGGACAUCAGUGCUAUAGAGGAAGUGAUGGGAGCCGCCCUGCAGCAGCACAAGUUUCAGUAUAUCUUUGAGGGUCUGGGUCACCUGAUCUCUUGUAUCCUGAUAAACGGAGCUCAGUACUUCAAGCGCAUCAGUGAGUCCGGCAUCAAGAAGAUGUGCAGAAAUAUCUUUGUGCUCCAGCAGAACCUGACCAACAUCACCAUGUCACGCGAGGCUGAUCUGGAUUUCGCAAGGCAGUACUAUGAGAUGCUAUACAAUACAGCCGACGAGCUUCUAAACCUGGUGGUUGAUCAAGGGGUGCGUUACACAGAGCUGGAGUACAUCAAUGCUUUGAGUCUCCUCCACCGCAGCCAGACAGGCGUGGGAGACCUGACCGUGCAGAACAUGCGGCUUCAGCGCCUCAAAGAGAUCAUAUGCGAACAGGCUGCCAUUAAACAGGCUACCAAGGAUAAGAAGAUCACUACGGUCUAGACACACGUUUAAACUAUAUCCACCAACGCUCUAAAGGGUCCACGUUACUGCCGUUCGUUACUGUCACAGGCUUUAAGUCAAGUAAACAUUAUAGUGGUCGUUUGGUAUUGGUUUCAUUUCAUUUAUUUGCUUUGCAAUAUUUAUAAGAUACAUUUCUGACCACACUCAGACAUGUUCUAAUGUAUGAAUCCCUUGUAUCUUUUCUUGUUAAACCAGGCCACACCUUUAAGAGUGAGAGGACGGAUUCUCUCGUGGCUUGGGGACAUUUUCGUCUCAUUUUCUUACUUUAUCAAAACGCUGCUCUCAAUUAUAGAAUCUUCCCGCGUGCCGUCUCUCCCUGCCCGACCCGGUGCCUGUGCCUGGAAUAACAGAUGCCAGAUUAGAACGGCAGGCUUUUUUAUCAGUCAAAAAAGAAACAGCUCGUCCGCCGCUUGUUGAUUUGUUCGUUUUGCUCGAGAGGAAAUAGGAAUCGCCAAACCCCAUUCAGCAUUUCUUAAAUUUGCAGGUAUAAUUGCAAUCCUUCGUUCAUCUUCAGAACACAAAUUAAUAUAUUUUUGAUGAAAUCCAGGGUCAGAAAACUCUCGGAUUUCAUCAAAAAUAUCUUAAUAUGUGUUCUAAAGAUGAACAAAGGUCUUAAGGGUUUGCAAUGUCAUGAAGGUGAGUAUUUAAUGACUGAAUUUAAAUUUUUGCCUUUAAAAACAGAUUCCCUGGUUGUCUACAGACGUAAAGUAAUGAGUUCCUAAGCGUUCAUGUUGAUAUAUUCGAAUAUCUGUCCUUCAACUGUGCUUUAAUUUAAAUCUAAACCUCUUAUUCCUUGUUCAAACAGACACAAAAGCCUACAGAUCACUCACACUCUGUUCCAGGCUAUUUUUAGUUCAUUAAUUAUGAAGAAUAGAGCAAGAGAGAAAGCCAUCGAUACAGAACACAGGCGUUAAGCAGGAAGCCACCCGAGCAAUCCAUCAAAAUGACUCAACCACUCGAAUCAAUAAUUGCCACCAGGUUGCCACAGAGAGAAACACAGCGACCAUCUUUCAUAUUCUUAGCACAUUAGAUGCGUGUGUGAAUGCUGAAGAUGUGUUAGAGCAAUGGCUUGACAUUAUAAACGUCAUGUCUGCUUUAUUUUAUUAUACCUGUAAGAGCAGUCUCAAUAAACUAGUACAGGCAAGGAGAGAAGUGUGUGGAUAUGUGUGUGUUAAAGUGCCAUUAUCACGUUCUCAUUAUUGUUUAAGUGAAGCAGCUGACUCAAGCACUCCCAUUAGCAUUGUUAUUAUUCAUUUAGAUGUUAUUGCAACAGAAUCUGAUGUUGUUUGCACAAAAUAUGUCAGAGCAACACUAUACGCCUUUGUUUUUGUGUAUUUUUAGUAUGUAUUUUGUGUGCAGCUUUAAUAGCAUUUGAGAUCUUCAUGUACAUGCUUGUAAAUUUCAAUUAAUUGCUUAAAAGUCAUCCUGAGGAGCGUCUCAGCCCUGGACUACUGGAUUCAAAGUGAAUUUUGCCAAUGGUAAUGUCAAAAUGAAAAUAAAUGAAUAUAACAGAAACAAGCGUUGGCACU